CUAUUGUCACGCAAAUGUAAUGUCAUUGACCGACUUAUCACACGUAGGGUUUCUAAUUGGAUUAUGGUUAUUACUAAAAAUCGGUUUUGGUGUUAAUUUUGUUAACUGAAAAUACAAUUAGUCACCAAAAUGUGGAUAGACGAGGCGGACGGCUUUGCCGAGAUUUUUAAGGGCUACUUGCCCUACUAUUUGCUUGUGGCUCUGCCUAUUUUUAUCAUAAUGUCUCCUGUUAACCCGGUUGCGGCUUCUCAUGAGUUUUCCGUGUAUAGAAUGCAACAUUACGACUUACACACUGUUCCCCACGGAUGCCGCAGCGCCAGCUUCAAUCUCGAAGGUCGUUCCCUAACAUCAUGGAGCACAUCUCGUCACUGCGUCGUCGCCAGGGUACAGGACAUCACCAUUGAUCAGUUCAUGGAGAUCCGCAGUAAAGCGGGAGCCUUGCUGCUGGUGCUGCCUAAGAACGAUACCGUUCUUACGGUUGAAGAGAAAGAGCACAUCCAACUCCUGGAGAUGGCAAUGAUCCAGCAGGAAGUGAAUGCUCCCGUAUACUUCGCCCGCUGGACUCCAGAAUUUGAGGAUAUUCUCAGAGACCUGCAGCACAGCUUCAUUACCGAUGACAAGUCUGGAACGGCUCUGGAAGCUAUGUUGAAUACUGUGUCUUCUAAUGGCUAUCAGAUUGUGGUAUCAGCGUCAACUCCACAGAAACUGGACUCAAAGCCGGUGACAUUGCACGGAAAGCUGGUUGGUCGGUCCGGAUCAGCCCAGACUAUCGUCAUUGCCGCUCACUAUGAUUCAUCAGCUAUUGUUCCGGAGUUAUCCCAAGGCGCAGACUCAAACGCGUCAGGCGCAGUUGCAGUACUAGAACUAGCUCGAAUCUUCUCCCGUCUCUACUCGACCGCGUCAGUAAGAGGUGCUCCGUCGCUACUGUUCGUGCUGACGUCAUUAGGACACUCACUCAAUUACUUCUCCGCUAAGAAGUGGCUUGAAGAACAGUUGGAUUCCACUGAUGCGUCGUUGUUGCAAGAUGUAUCCUUCGUAAUGUGCCUGGACUCCCUCUCGUCAUCCGACAGCAUGACGAUGCAUGUCUCCAAGCCGCCCAAGCCGGGCGGAGCCGCGCAUUCACUCAAGUCAAGACUAGGAGUUAAUAUUAACCACAAGAAGAUUAACCUAGCUGAUGAACUGUUGGCGUGGCAGCACGAAAGAUUCAGUAUUAGACGGAUGACUGCUUUCACACUUAGUUCGCUACAGAGCCACAAGGACCCAUCCCGCAGCACAGUGCUGGACCUUCCCACAGAGGCCGGCAUCAGGAACUUGGCCGCCAACAUCGCGGCGACUGCACGGGCGCUGGCCUCGCAUGUGUACAACCUUACUGACGAGCUCAACGACGAGGAUCGAGCCUUGUAUGAUGAUGCACUGGGUGUGGACGAGGCGUCAAUAAGACAUUGGUACAAGUACUUAUCGUCGCAGUCGAGAGCGCCACAGAUUAUCACCACCACACCACCCGGCGCAGGAGUGACGGGCGCCUUAUCCCGUGCGCUGUCCCGCUACAUGGAGGUGUCGACGUCAGUGCACGCGGUGGACAAGCGCGAGCCCGAGUACGCGCUCUACGGCGCCACACGAGCCGCGCUAUAUGUGUACAGUGUAAAACCAGCAGUAUUCGACCUAAUACUGACACUAGCGAUCGUAGCAUACUUAACCGUGGUAUACUUCGCGAUCCAACUAUUCCCUCGCUUCUACGAAGAAUACGCGAAGAUAGUCACGGGCAAAUCCAAAGUACACUAGUUUAGUCUAAUGUGGUGUGGUAAGUGUUUUCUAACCUUUAUUUGUAGCUGUGUUAGUGAUGUGUAUAGGUGACAGUCGCUAGAUGUGGUGUUGGGUUAGUUAGAAAAUAUGACAGGUGUGUUAUCGAUUUAAAAUUUGGGAUUUUCAGCAAGAACUGUAAAAAAAUAAUGCCAUUUUUUUUUAAAGAGCCGAGUAAAUUUUAAAACAUAUUUUUUGGCUGAAACUCCAAAGCGGAGCGAGGAAGUUUUAAAACAUCAUCAUCAUCUCCCGAGCCUUUUCCCAACUAUGUUGGGGUCGGCUUCCAGUCUAACCGGAUUCAGCUGAGUACCAGUGUUUUACAAGGAACGACUGUACACUGUGACUGUGUAGUAGAAUUUCUCUUCUCUCGAAUACUACUGAGUAGGCGGAGAAAAGAUGUUUUGAAUAUCAUCAUCAUCAUCAUCAGCCUAUCGCAGUCCACUGCUGGACAUAGGCCUCUCCAAGUGCACGCUGCACUGAGAUCGAUUUUCGGCUGAGUUUUGAAUAUAAAUAAAUAUAAAUAAAACUCACAAUUGCCAUGAAGUCCAGUUUUAAAUCGAUAUCUCUAAAAGGAUUGGUUCUAUAGUAUAGAGAAAAAGAAGUUAACAUGUUGAAAUGUUGUUACAAUUUAUGCAUUUAUCUCAAAUUAGUUUCAAAGUACCUGUACACUUCACUGGCGUAGCUUUUAUCCUAAACUUUGAGGAAAAGGUAUGUGACUUUGUAAACUAGUAAACUAAUUUCUAUGUACUACAUUUGUUCUCAAGUAUGAGUGUGGGUUCGAUUCCAGGUCAAGCAAGUACCAAUGCAACUUUUAUACGUUUGUAUGUACUUUCUAAGUAUAUCUUGGACACUGGUGAUUGUGUUUCGGAGGACACUAUAAACUAUAGGCUCUGUCAGUUGAAUAUAUUUCCAACUACAAUAGUUCUUCGAAAAAAUUGGAACUGAGUUUUUUUCCUGUAGUUCCUGAAAGUAAAAUACAAAACAUUCAAAUGUCCUGGUAAAUUACGAAUGUAUGCUAGUACAAUGUAGUACAUAGAAGUUAUUUUAUGUAAAAAAAAAAUCGGCAAUACUCUUGUGUUACCACAUUUCCCACACCACGGUAAAGUCAAUCCUAGUAAUAAGUGUUGAACAAUUUCAUUUACAUACUAAAGAGUAAGUUUUCACAAAUAAUUUAUGAGAAAAAGUAAAAGAAUAAUUUUCAAUAAUAUUGUUUAUUUAUAAAGCAGACUAUAUUGUUAACUGGUGGGAUAAGUAUCGCCAGUGGAAUUAAUUUUUAAAACCUUAAAAAAAAGGGUCAAAUUUUAACAAUCGAACAUUUACCUUCCGCUAUUGUGAUAAGGUUGAAAAUCUUUUGAAGAAAUUUGACAGAUUUAGGUAGUUUAAUUUGCUAUUGUCUAUCAGUUCUUUGAGUCUACAGUAACGUAGUCUAUGGUAGUUGGUCUUUUUAUAAUUUUCAACGCGUAAACUUGCCACAUCGAAAAAUAAUUUAAUCUACAAUGGCGUCUAUAUUCCACUGGCAACACCUAGUCCCACUAUCUUGAAAAGUGGAAGAGUUCUUUAUUUUUGAAUUACAGCAGUUUACCAAGAAGUCUAUAUCGUACAUAGAAUAAGGUCGAAAGCAAUAUUUCCAAGAUUACAAAUUAAGAAUAAAUAAAUAAAUAAAAUGUGAAAGAUAUAAUUUAUUGAAAAAGAUGCGUGUAUUUAUCUCAGCUAAGUAUUAUUCUGAUUUCGAGAUGUCCAUUAUGCCAAAUUAUUAUAAAUUAAUUUAUUGAUUAUUUUUCUGAUUUUUUUGUAAAGGCAACGAAGAGGAUAAAUGGCAUUUUUUUACUUUAUGUAAAAUUGAGUCGGAUUUUUUUGGUAUUUGAAAACUAAUUGUAAUAGUAGAAUGAAUUGGUUCUACAUAUAUUUAAAAUUCAAACUGUUUUCCUCAAGUAGGUCAGCAGAAUAGUUUCUUUUACUGCAAACUUUGUUUUGUUGAAUAAUAGUUUUUAUAAUAUAAAUACAGAUAUGUUUAUAAAUAUACAGUGGUUUUGUUGACCGUCCUUGAAGCUUGAAGUUCCUUGUACAGAUUGCAUUUGUGCUUCUCUAUUCCCGUGCAAAUUAUUUUUUACUGCUUGGUGCCAACUUUUGAUCAAACAAAAUUAGACUUUAUUUUACAGCAAUUAGGGUUGCUUUUGGCUUCCUCAGACUUCGAGGGAAGAAGUGCUUUGGCAUACUCUUAGGAUUAGAAAAAUACAUUUUUGAUCUCCUUUUGCUACAAAAAACUGGCCAAAGGUGCUUCGACCACAGAGGCUGACCCCAAAAAGAGUAAAGUAAUUUUACUACCGAGUUAAAUUAUUAUAUCUUCUUUGGAAGUAAGAAAAAUAAAUAUAAAGAUUUGUCUAUAAUUUACCAACAAAAGUGGACACCAAGUUUAACCGAAUAUUAUGUGAUAAAAAUACAUACAUAUAUUGUUUUUUAUGUAUGUCGAUGUUGUGUUUUCCAUUUAGUUUAAUCAAUUAGAUUAAGGUUUAAUAUGCUUUGGUUUUGGGUGCAUACAAAUUGAUGGUUCUUAAGGACACGGGCGGGCAAACUUGUAUGUGAGAUAUUUUGUAAAAAAAAAAUCGAGUUAUGAUUUUUAUUUUGAAAGUAUGAGGUGUUUAAGAUUUUUUGAAAGGAUUGUUUUUGCAAAUGAGUCAGUCAUACAGCAUUUUGAAUGUUAGAAUUUUAUUUUGAAAUGAAUGCAGAUUUGUGUGUCUGGAAGUCCGCCUGGGAAAAGGCUAGGCGGAUAGUGAAUCAUGAAAGUAAUCAAAGUUUGCCCGAUCUGUGUUCUGAUUCAAUUUAAGUGGAAAGUUUCGAACAAAAUGUCAAACGAUUUGUGUUUGUAAGCAAAAAUGGUGGACGCUGCAUGGAAUUGAAUAAAAUUUUGUUUUAAA